ACUGCUGCCCUACAGUAUGGCGUCUGCACGAAACUCAAAUGAUAACAGUACGCGUCAUCAGUAAAUUGCAACCAUUUUCUUAUUGUUGUAAAUGAAUCAGUUUGAAGUGCAAUAUGAAUCUGUAUACGCGCUAUGCCUUUGUGUUUCUUUUUUCGAUAUCGACCACUGUCGGAGGUGAUUUUGACCCGUUCAUGGAUGCCGAGUUGUUCAAGAUUAUCUGGCCAGGCUCAUCGGAAAUUGAUAUAGAAAAGACAGUUGAUGAAAGCCGGGUGGUUGUGAUGACCACGAACAAGGAGAGGUAUCAGUGCAUCCUGCCGGAGUCACAUGACAAGAGAGAUAGCUCCAAAGCAGACUAUGGAGGGCAGACAGCAGAUGAACUGAUGAACAUUCUUUUUACUCAAACCACAUGUUCAUACAGGAUUGAGAGUUACUGGACAUACGAACUGUGCCAUGGCAAACACCUGCGGCAAUAUCAUGAAACAAAAGACGUUGGGCAGAAACCAAAGGUUCAAGAAUACUUUCUUGGUUAUGGAAAACAAGACAAAAAUGAAGAUUCAGAAUCAUCAAAUAUAAAAAUCCGGAAAGUAGAAGGUAUUUCUCUCCCCUAUUAUGAAGUAAACAUGACGGAUGGAACGGCUUGUGAUCUGACACAAGAGCCUCGGAGGACACGCAUCUUGUAUGUGUGUCAACCAGACGGCCACGGGGAAAUCUACGAGUUCAAGGAGACGUCAACAUGUGAAUAUGAGAUGAUGGUGUUGACAUCCGUCCUGUGUGGACACCCAGACUUCAGACCCAAGAAUGCGCCUGUUGGGGAAAUACAGUGCCAUGCCCUUGAUGGAUCCCCUGCCAAGCCAACACAGUUAAAGAGAAUGGAGAAAACUGUAGUCCACACCAGGACACCCUCUCCAGAGCCCACUCCUCAGCCAACUCCACAGGCAGUGCCGGACAACGUCGCCACCAAGGUACCCCCACAGUAUGUAGAGCAGCACAACCUGGGCUCCACCACCGACAAACAGCUUCUGCGAGAGUUCCUGACUGGAGAAUAUUGUCUUAAAGGGGGACAGGGAUGGUGGAAAUACGAGUUUUGUUAUGGCAUAUAUGCAAGACAAUUUCAUGAUGAUUCCCAGGGAAGAACGGUUAUCAAUUUAGGUGUCUGGAAGGAAGCAGCCCAUUUACAGUGGUUGCAGCAAAAUACUCAAAAAAGACCACGAGAAAUAGGAAAGAGAAAAUUUAUAUCCCUGUUCUACAGUGAUGGAGAUAUAUGUGAUAUUACAGGCAAACCAAGGACAGUAGAAGUCAAAUUGAAAUGUGUGGUGAACACCAACCACCCCCACUCGGUGGGCAUCUAUCUCAUGGAGCCCUCCACAUGUUCAUACAUCCUGGGGAUUGAGUCUCCCAUUUUCUGUUCAUUAUUGGACAAGGCAGAUGAUAAUGGAAUACUGAGGAGUAUUGAGACAUGAUAAUUUUAAGUUGUUUGGGAAAAAGGUGUCUUAUGUUAAAAACAAUAAAGUUACAGCUGUUUCACAAAUGCAACAAUCUGGAAUUAAAUUGCAUUGUUGAGUUUCUCCAGGAGGUAAUACAUAGAUCUUUAUAUCUAAUGUUUAUGCAGAGGUCCAGAUAGGAAAUUGGCUUCUAACUGAAUUAAUUUAAUUUAAUUUACAACUAAAAGCCAUUAUUAAAAACCACAUCACACCCAUAUUGAGGUAUACCUGUCUGUUCAGAGUUGUAUGUCAGGAAGCUAUUAUCGUAGGUGCAGAUCCCCGAUUCACAGGCAGUAUGACCCUUGGUGUGCCAGUACAGUCCCCACGCUGGCAAGCCAUGACAAGUUGAAAUGGUGUUGUAGACGCAUUAGUUCCCACUCUUCCACUUCAUGUAUGUGUCGGCAUAGUUAAACAGGAUCGUGGAGUUAUAGGCCUUAUUUUGUAAUAUUUGAUGUUUUUUGUUCCAUCAACAUAUCACAUUAAUGCAGGUAGUUGUUGUUGCUUAGAGAUAUAUGAAAUUAAGAUAGUUAAAUACAGGUCCCUUUCACUGAAGUAAUGUUGUCUUGGGGCAAACAAUUUUGUCUUCAACACUUCUGUUUUUGUGAUUUGAUAUUGUGAUAUGUCUGUUGCCUUAUUCUUCAGCAACAAGAGAAUUGUUAAAUGCCUUUACGGCAUAUUCAGAUGAUCAAGACAACAUGUUUUCUCUCAAGCUGUCGUGUGCAAAGAUUGACAGCAUGCAUCAGACAGUAAGACUAAUACAUCACAAUGCAGAGGAGCACGUUUUAUGGAAGACAGCUUCUCUAUUGCAAUAGAUGCGACAUUUCAGUGUAGAUCCUGACACUGUUAUCAAGUGAUACACAACAUUGAUGAUGAUGAUUUGGAGAUGUAACAUGCGCUUUCCGACUUAAUGCAUUCUUCGCACAGUACACAGCAUUAUGCACAAGGAGAAUAUAUACAUAAAGGGUAUUUGAGUUUAUACAAUUGAAGAGGUUGAUGUACGGUAUGUUGAUAUUACCGACGCUUGUUGUGAUUACACAUAAUGAUUGUACCAGAUGGAGUAAAGAAGUUGUCUAUCUAUUAAGAAGUGUUCCUCUUCAUCAUGCCAGCUUCUAAAUGUCACUUAAAGACGUAACACAAAGCAGCACAAAACUGUCUGGAGAUUGCAAUAGUCUUCACCCUGGCAUCUAUUCAGUAUUAAAACUUACAGAAUCCUCUGGUUCUUGAUAUUUUCUUCCAUAAUAGAGAAUCAUGGACCACGUAAAUAUUGAACUUUCAGAAAUAGGGACACCUUCAUCAUAAUACAAACAGCCUCACGGACACAAGUAUAACAUGAAUGAAAUAAUCACCUGCUUCCACAAAAUCGUUUUUAUCUGCCCUCGCAAUGCAUUUGUGCACAAGUUUUUAGAAAUACAAUUUAAUUUGAACUUUCAUUUACAAAAUAUGUGUUUUCAGGCUUAAUUGCAUUUAUUUGGAAUUGCAUCAAUGGUCUUGAGCAAUUAUAAUUAAGUACUCUUUGAAUUUUGUUUUGACAAAUAUUUAUUUGUUUCAAUGUUUGAAAACUUAUCGUCAGAAGAGGGAACACUCUACUGUUUAAUGUUUUCAGCAAAGGAGUUGAAAUAUUGCAAUGAUCUGUGUCCAAAUCCAGAGAUGACGGUGGGGUAGCCCAGAGACGGUGGGGUAGCCUAGUGGUUAAAGCGUUGGCUCGUCACACUGAAGACCCGGGUUCGAAUCCCCACAUGGGUACAAUGUGUGAAGCCCAUUUCUGGUGUCCCCCGCCGUGAUGUUGCUGGAAUAUUGCUAAAAGCGGCGUAAAACCAAACUCAGUCAGUCAGUCAGUCAAGAUGGCGGUAUUGUUGUUGCUAGUUCCCUUGUCACUCACUCACUCUCUCGUUCAUUCACAAAUGUCCUUCAUGUUAGUGGUGUUGAGGGAAGAACAUUGUACUUAUCAUUCUGCAUUUAGUCGACCUCAGAUAAAUCACAGUAUUUACAUAGGUCCACACUACAAUGUUUGAAAGUCAUUGCCUAUUGAGAGCCAGGUCAUUACCACAGAAUGUAGAGUGUUAUCAGAACAAUGAACCAAUGCCAGAAACCUGGCGCUUGAGCCAAUAAAUACUGUAAAGAGAUCACCAUGAGGACCUAUUUUUAAGCUCCAAACAUCAAUGCAUUGUCUGCUUGCUCAAUACACCAUCAACUGUUGUUUCAUACAAGUUUCAAAUCAUGUUCAGUUGGCACUGUUUGAUAAUGGGCCAGUUCUCACAUUUCUCAUUCACGGUGAAAUUAUGUCAUAAACAGUUUUGGAAUGACUUCAGUACAGGUUAUCACCUUUGUGUUUCCAUAUUGUAAAUAUGAGUAAAAACAUACGUAGCCAGUGCCCAUAGGCUUGCAUAUUAAAGUAUUUAUUCCAAAUAUUUAUUUACAGUAUCAAGACACAAUCGGCUAAUAAGGUGAAAAAAGCUAUUGAACUCAGUUUUUUUUUAUCUCCUGUGUGCCAUCAACAUCGAAAAAAUCAACUAUAAACUGGACAAGUGAGGCUUGAAUGAACAUGAACAGUUACAAUUUUCUGUAAUGCUGUCCCGGUUCAAAUCCCAAUGCUUGGACUGUCCACAACGUACACAGCUAAUGGUUUUACCAAAGUAAAAAUCAUCUACAAACUCACUUUGAGUUUUUCCCACUCUAGUUUGAUGACCCAUCUUGAUUUAACUGAGAUAUGGUUGAAUGUGAUGUAAUCCACACUCAUACAGGUGAAUAUUUUGAGUAAAAUUGAGGGAAGACUUCCUUCAAAAACUUAAUUUCAAUGAUGUACUAGCUUCUUUCAAACAGUAAAAACCAAACUGAAAUAAGUCACUAAACAUUGGUAGCUGGACAUUUCGAAUGUAGAAUUUAGGUUGUAUGCAAACUGUACUGUGAGUAACAUUCUUGGGAAGGAGUCCUUUAGGGUACUGACAUGCAGACAGGUGUUCCACAGGGCUGGAUUUCAAAAGUAAAUCUGCAGUUAUUUACAUAGUAUUUCCAUUUUUUCUUCGAGUGAGGGUUGAAAUGUAAACAGUAGUAAUGUUAAAUGUUCAUCAUCAUACCAGAUGAAAAAAGAAUAAUUACGGAUUAAUUUAUUUCAAUGAGAAUACAUAUACAAAUAUUUUUCUAUUUAGCUAGUCAGGUGUUGGAGAUAAUUUAAACACAAAAAUACAAUGGAUGAGAGUAUGUAUGUUCAGAAAAUUGCAACUUGGUGCAUGAAAUAUUUGAUAUGUAUGUUUUUGAGAUGUCCGCUGUAUUGUGUUAUGAGCUCGAUCUCACAGCUUAUAUUUCCAUGUACAAAGUGUACAUAUACUAGUAGUCACUGGCUUAUGUAAAUACAGCUGACAAUGUUCUAUGCAGUAAAAACAUUUUAUGAUUA